ACUUUGAAGUGUUGUUGGCGGCGCGCAGUAUACUCCAAUUUCACGAGCUCCACCGCUCGUAUAAAAGCUGUGGUUGCCGAUCUGAAAAAUCAUUCCCGCCUCACACAUCUUCCGAGGACCACCGAAAAAGCUGUAUUAAAAUUAAAAAUGAAAUCGUUCAUCGCUCUGUCCGUCCUCUUCGCUGUGGCCUGCGCAGCGCCUCAGUUCCAGCCACAAUACCAACAAAACCAGGUGAUACCGAUCGUCAGGCAAAGCCAGGAGGUUAACUUCGACGGAUCGUACCAGUACAGCUAUGAGACAGGCAACGGGAUCGCGGCUCAGGAGCAGGGCUACCUGAAGAACGCGGGAGUCAAGGACGCGGAGGCGCAGGUCGCGCAGGGCUCCUUCAGCUACACGUCGCCUGAGGGCAUCCCUAUCACCAUCACAUACAUCGCUGACGAGAACGGUUUCCGCGCUGAGGGUGCCCAUCUGCCCACCCCUCCCCCGAUCCCCGAGGCCAUCCUCCGCUCCCUCCAGCAGAUCCAGCAAGCCCAGCCCCAGCAGCAGUUCCAACAACAACCCUUCAAGCAGAACUUCCGAGGCUAACUCCGACCGUGCCGAACCGAUACUCAUAGAUACCACACGUGUACCUAGAUCAUACUCAAUAUAUGUAAUUUAAUAAUAGGUAUUAUUGUUACUGUGAUUUACUUUUUAUAUUAUGAAACGAAUUUUCUAUAUUAAAUGACAUAAAUAUUAA